CAACCUGCCCUGCCCAUCCACAGCCACCACUGCAAACCCAGUCACAGGACAGAGACGUCGCCAAAGCUCCGCCAGCUGCUUCGUCUUGCUCGGGGCCUCGUGCACGAACGAGCUCCUCCCCCUAGCUAGCUGCAGGGCAGCCUCUACCGCCAUGGCGGCGUCCCGUUCCGCUCUUAUCGCGCUGCUCGUCGUCGUGAGCUGCACCGCGGCGGCCUCGGCGGUCACGUUCACCGUCGGCGACACGCAGGGGUGGAGUCUGCGCGGCGACUACGCCACCUGGGCCAGCGGCAAGGACUUCAAGGUCGGAGACACGCUAUUGUUCAACUUCGCCACCGGGGCCCACGAUGUGCUGGAGGUCUCCAAGAGCGACUACGAUGGCUGCAACACCGGCAACGCCAUGAACAACAUCCAGACCGGCCCGGCCACCGUCAACCUCACCUCCGCCGGCGACCACUACUACAUCUGUGGCAUCAGCGGCCACUGCGGCGGCGGCAUGAAGCUCGCCGUCAACGUCGGCUCCGGCUCCGGCUCCCCCUCCCCCUCGACGCCGUCCGCCCCCGGCACCCCAACGCCCACCACCCCCGGCACCCCUACGCCCCCCGCCCCCGCCGGCCCCGCCCCGAGCGCCGCGCCCGCGCGCCGCGCGGCCGGCCCCGCCCUCGCCGUCGCCACCGGCGUGCUCCUCAAGCUCGCCAUGUUCUGAUCACCGGUCACCAUCGGGAUGUACGGCGCGGCCUGGCUGCAGUUUGCGUGCCCAGGGUAGAGGCAGUGCAGGAUUGUUACUAUUCUUGAGCGUUUAUUUCGAUCUGACGGCCGGCGUGUACCUACUGUUGAUGAUGCUAGCUUUUGCUGUUCUGCUUUGUGUUCGAUCACUUGCGAGUGUAGUAGUUGGUGACUUGGAAUAAUUUCAUUGUUUUUCCCCUCCAUGGAUAUAAUUUGCAUGACUUUUCCAUGACAUGAUCGUUCCUAUGUUGCUUUA